AUGGCUAAAGUUAUUUUCACAGCAUGGAAGAAUAAGUCGCAGUUGGCGGAGGUGCGGAGCGAGUUCUAUCCAUCGCCUUCUUACGAUGGCCCGGACAUGCGCACCCAUGCUUGCGCCACGGUAGAAGCUUGGAAACUGCGCGGCAAUGUCCCACAUCACGUUGAAGCGACCGCCCUGUUGACGGACGCUAUUCUUCACGAUGACGCGCAGAUGAACUCGAUUUUCUCGAUCCGAGCUACCUACUCCGCUGCUUUUUGUCGAUUCGUAACUGGCCUCGUCGACUCCAAGAUUCAAGGCCCGCGCAGGACUAUGUUCCAACGCGCCCAGGACUUGGGAUUACCAGCAUCCUUUGUCGAGUUGCGCCACGAGGCGACUCAUCGCGAACCGCCGUCCCUGGUUGUGCUUCGCAAGGCUUCUCAGCGCUCUCUCGAGUGGCUCUGGGAUAACUACUGGGCCGAGAUCGAUGCUCUAGCUGUGCCCAACGUUGCGUAUGACGAUGGUGCGACUGUUCAGAGUGCACUCACUAUUAUCUUGAGGGAUUUCUCCACAAAUGCUGGGCCCUCCUCGGAGCCACAGCGUAAGAAGCGGAAGCGUGAUCAAGAGGCUGCUGUUUCAAUGGAUCUGGUUUCGAUUUGUGGAUCUUCGAGCGAGUCUGUGAGGCUACUGCCUACUGUUUUGUUGGAUGAAUUCAUUCUUGUUGACUCUGAGCGAAAACAUGGAGAGUCUAUGAAUGACCACUUUGAGAAGUGGGAUCCUGUCCUACAGAAGAUGACCGAGCACUACCCCUCGUUCUUGAUGUACCUUUCGGAAGAUCUGGUACACAAACUGAUUUUCGAUGCCACACGGGAGUCACCUAGGGAUGCCGUUGCUGAGGCAUUCUUCCUCUGGCUCACUCAUAUCCUGACCUCCUCUUCUUGGGCAUCUCACCAAGAAUACUGUUCGCGCGACUAUAUCCUCAGUGCAUGCGACGAGAACCCGAAUCAUUGGGGACAGAUGUUGAGUGAUAGACUACAAGAGCAUGGUGGUGUGCGAAAGAGCAAGUCUUCAUCCAAGCGGAGUUUCCAGGGAUCCGCUACCAAGAAAACAGCAUCGCACAACGGCGAUCGCCAUGUGGCAUCGAGUGUUGACGAGAAGCUUCUUGCGAGUGGAUGGGGGCUUGUUGAGAAAUGGGAUAGUCGGGCUUUGGGUGUAUCGGCUCACUAG